AUGUUGAAGCUCAUAAGUAAUAUCACCAGUACAGGAAGUGUUAAAGGCCUCCCGACCCCGUCGAUGCAAAUCCUAGAACACAUCAUCGUCGACCGGCCAGCCGAUCCCGAAACGCUGGUCCUCGCGCAUAAAGACGCAAAACUGUACGUCGCCAGCCACAAAGGUAGUCUGUCGAAGUCGGCCGUCGAGACCGCUAACCCGUCAACAUGGUUGGAUCCAGCGACAUGCGUGCCGCCCCAGGAAGUCUGUCUGCAGAACAUAUACCCUGCACACCAGGCUUUGUUCACGAGAUAUGUAUAUCCUGGAGAUAUGGAGAUGACGGCAGACGUGUAUGUGAAGCGCGUAAACGUGCUAGACAUCGUGUACCACCACGGUAUGUCCAGCUUGACGAAACCACGUACCAGCCAGCUAGUCGUGCGAGAGGCCUUUGUGUGUGAACUACUGCGUCGCAAUCCGCACCGCAAUAUCGCUGUAUACAAGGGUGUGCUCACGGGGAUGCAGCUCACAUACUUCUACCGUGGCCUUCCCGUCCAGAUCCCCAUGCCCACGGAGCGCGUACUAGGUCUCGUGUUCCAGCGCUACGACUGCACGCUGUACGACUUGGUGAUGCGGCGCCAGGACAUCGAUGUACAGCGCUGUCUAACGUCCAUUGCGCUAGGCAUUCACCAUCUUCACACUCUAGGGCUGGUGCACUGCGACAUCAAGCCGAAGAACAUUUUUGUGCGACGAUAUGGGCAUGCACGGCGCGACUUGUUCGUCGUUGGCGACUUUGAUAGUGCGCAGGUGGUGGGGAGCGUGUUGAAGUUGAAGGGUGGGGAUCUGAAGUGGAGUCGGAGGAAGGUGCUGGGGAGGGAUGUAGCGGAACGGGAGGAUGAUUGGUAUGCGUUUGAGCGGCUGAAGACGUGGCUGUGCAGGGAGGUGGGAGAGGAUGCGGGAGAGUAUGCGGAGAUUGGGCGGUGGGGAUGA